GUUAGGACGUGUAGUUUUGGCGUCUUUGGUCGCUGUAGUUGGUUCUCCAUUUUGAAUUUUCUUCGAAGCCGAGCUGCGGAGUGAAAAAUUGCUGUAAAAAGAAUAAUAUUGCUUUUGUGGACUAGAAAGUAGUGCUAAAGUGAAUCUGCGGCACAACAAUAAAAUAUGGUCGGUUCACGAGUCUACGUUGGAGGUUUGCCGUACGGCGUACGUGAGCGUGAUUUGGAAAGAUUCUUCAAAGGGUACGGUAGAACCCGCGAUAUCCUGAUUAAGAAUGGAUAUGGUUUUGUGGAAUUCGAAGAUUAUCGAGACGCCGAUGAUGCUGUAUAUGAAUUAAACGGGAAAGAACUACUUGGGGAAAGAGUGGUAGUUGAGCCGGCCCGAGGAACAGCACGUGGACCUGGUGGUCGUCGUGAGCAUGACCGCUACGAUCGUUAUGAUCGCCGUGGAGGGCGCUACGAUAAAAAUAGCAGCAAUUCCAGGAACAGUUCUCGUUACGGGCCACCGCUAAGAACCGAAUACCGGUUGAUUGUGGAAAACCUCUCAUCUCGCGUAAGCUGGCAGGAUCUGAAAGACUACAUGCGCCAAGCAGGAGAAGUCACGUACGCUGACGCGCACAAGCAGCGCAAGAACGAGGGGUACUCCGGGAAAGGUGGAAACACUGGCGUCGUUGAAUUCGCUACGAGCUCCGACAUGAAGACCGCCAUCGAGAAGCUGGACGACACCGAACUGAACGGACGGCGCAUUCGGCUGGUAGAGGAUCGCAACGGGCGCAGCGGACGAAACGGUCGCGGAAGAUCGCGCUCCUCGAGCAGCCGUUCGCGGUCCCGUUCGCGCCGCCGUUCUCGGUCCCGUUCCCGGUCGCGUCGCUCGUCGCGCAGUCGUUCCAAGUCCCGCAGCCGCUCCAAAUCGAAGAACGGAUCGAAAUCCCCGGAAAAAUCUCGUUCCCGUUCCCGCUCGCGUUCUAACAAAUCCCGCGAACGCGACUCCAAGUCCAAAUCUCGUUCUCGGUCUCCGAAGCGCGAUCGCGAUGAGUCUCGCUCGCGAUCUCGUUCCAAAUCCGAACGCCGUUCGCAUAGCCGAUCCAAGUCCAAGGACAACAAGUCCCAUUCCCGGUCCCGGUCGCAUUCCCGUUCGCGCUCACGGUCACGUGGAUCCCGUGACCGUUCCCAUUCCCAGGACAAGCGCGACAAAUCCCGCUCGGUGUCACCCAAAAACAAUGACCACUCGCCGGAUCGCAACGAGAGCAUGGACGAUUAAACGCAGCAAUGCCAUUCGUGGUUAAAUGAUUUAAUGGGGUUGGGAUUAAAUACACACACACGCAUUACACGUAUGGAAACACACACCAGCAACGCGCUUAUCAUGAUGAUGUGAAUAUGUCAUUAUUUCCUAUGCUAGGGAAACAAAUAAUUGAAAGAUCGUUUGGGAGGUAGCAAAGCAUAUAUGCUUUUACACAUAAACAGAAUACAAUUAAGUGGUGACUUAUGCUAUGUUUUUGUUCAGAUUUUAUGAUACAAAAUCAUGUAAUAUCUCUUGAUCAUAGUUUUUAACAGUAAAGAUGUGUUUCCUAAAGCAAAAUCUAUCUCUUCUAAGGUUAGUUCUGUCAACGAAGCAUAAACAUAAAGAUUAACUUUUACCGUUUGUUGAUGAAGCGUAGCUGUAGCUCCAUUGGAUGUCCUUCACCACUGUCGGCAGGAGGCAAACGAAAACGCAAAUGACAGAUCUCACAGGUAGACAGACAUGAGUAACCCGUUAUGCUACAAAUUUUACCCUCUCAAUUUCUUGCGGAGGCAGUCGGUACUAACCCUUAGUUUUAGUAAUGGACCUGUAAUUCUAACUGCGACAAGGAACGCUUUAUGAUAGGUUUUGUAAACGGGGAUUCACGUCCAGAUGUAUCCUCGUAGGACUUCAUUCAAUUGUGAAAGUAGUAAUGUAGCGUAAAUAUUUUCAGUAAAUAAUACAACUCUAGUUCUGCGCGUACCUUGUUGUGUGACACAUCAUGCAAUAGUGGGUAUGCCUAUGUAAUCACAGAUUUAAGAAAUAAAUAGAAUUAA